AUGGACUCGGUGGCGGUUUCUGUGCUGGUCAUCAAGUCCCUGGCGGCGCUGAGGACCCCACUGGUGGACCCCGGUUCGUGCCAGCAGCUCCUCGGCCUUGCUUUUUCCCGCGAUGGACCUCAAGUGAAGCUGUCCUGCCUCACACAGAUCAUGGGCUCCCGCUCUGGGGUCCACCAUGAUCUGCUGCGUCGCCUGGUGCGGUACUGCAAGCGCCUCGUCAGCGUCCCCGGCGCGGCCUGCACGCGCAAGGGGCUCGCCAGGACUUUGGGCCCCCCCCUGCUCCAACCCGAGCUCAGCAUGCAGGCCACCGAUCCGCGACAGCUGACGCAGGCCGCCAUCUGGGUGACGGCGCAGAUGAUAGAGACCAAGGCCGCCUCAGAUUGGCUGCUGGCCGCCCACUACACCCCCCAGCCCUCCGCCAGCGCCGCCAGCAGCUCUCAAGGCCACCCAGCAGGCGCACCCAGCGGCGAACCUGCCAGCCAGCGGACGCCCGGGUCAAACAGCGCGUCGGGCGGCAGCUGCCUGGCGCGCGGCAGUCGUGCGGGCACCCCUCCCGGCUGCCUGGGCCGCGAGGCAGGGGGCGGCACGCCGCGCGGCUCCGCCCCCAACAUCGACCUGCACCCGAUCCUGCUGCGGCAGCAGGAGCUCAAGGCCGCCCUGCGCCCGCCUGCGCCCGAAGGGCCCGACAAGUCGCCCUGGCGACCCCCGGGUCCCAAUGCGAGGGUGGCAAAACGCUCCACCCGUGCCCCCCGGACCCCUCGCCACUGCCCGGCCCUGGAGGUCCUGCCCCGCACCGCGCGCAGCCAGGAGUCGGUGGGAACCGUCCUCGGCCCCGCCCUGGCCCUCCAGUCAGCCGGUCCGGGUCCGGUGGCCGCCUCCCCCGCCCGGGGACUGGGCCCGCUGCAGGCUGCCGUGGCCAGGAGCUCCGGCGCCGAAAGCGGGCCGGGCAGCCCCGUCGCUGCCCACACCAAGUCGCCCGGCCUGUUCCGUGGAUUCGGCACGGCCAUGGGCAGCCUCUUCGGUGGCCUGCUGGGCCGCCAGGCUUCCGCAGGCAAGCAGGGUCGGGGCUGCGACGCCCGAGGCGCGCAUGAUGGGGCGCAGAGGGAUGGCGUCGACGGCGAGCCAGGUGUCGGCGAAGCAUCGCUUGGCUCGCUCUCCUCCUCCUCGAUCCUGGACAGCACGGCGGACCACGCCCCGGAUGCACACCACCACGACGCGGAGGAGGAGGUCAGCGGCGGACGCCGCCCGCCCUGCGCAAGCUCAGGCCGGCCAAGGCCGGCCGACGGCAAGGCGCCGGCCAACAGCGCCGCGCGCGGCAACGGGGGCUACGCCGACCGCGCACGCGCCAGGGACGGCGCCAGGCACCCGCACGCGCGAGCGGGCGAGCCCGCCGGCGGCGACUCGCCCGCUCCGGGCGAGGCACAGGGCGGCGUGGCCGCAGCAGCCCUGCCUGGACUGGGCGGCGGGCUGUACGUGCACGCGGAAACCGGAGCGGUCGUUCAAAAGACGGAGGGUGGGGACGGCGUGACGGCAUUCCUCCCCGCCGGUCUUUCGCUGGACGACCUCCUGCAGGCAGCAGAGGACAUGCAGCGCCACCUCCCCAGCCCGGGCGGCGAGGGUCCGCCCGGCGGCGGGUUUGCCGGGGACGAUGCGCCGAACGCUUACACCCCCCUGGACCUGGCCAGUCUGCUGGCGGCACAUGCCCACCGGCUGAGGCAGGAGAGCGAGAAGAGGCAGGCGCUGCGGGCCGCCGAGGAGGUGCUGGCGAGCCGGCUGGGCCUCCCGGGACCAGGAGGCGAUGGGGUCGCCAAGACCCUGUCUCUCAGCCCGGAGGCCCCAACGUCUGGUGCGAAGACAACAGAAGGCGCUCCCGUGACAGACGAGAAUGCCCCGGUCAACACCUCGGCUGGGGCGAUCGGCCCCCAGGGUGGCACACGGGAGGCGGUGCAGCAGCAGCUUGCCCAGAAGCUGCGACUGAAGCAGCUGCACUGGGACAAGCUGAAGGCAGCGGGUGAAGGCACCGUGUGGCGCCUGGCUCGCGAGCAGCAUCUCUCCAUGAAUUUCGAAGAGCUGGAGGCCCUGUUCCAGAUCCUGGAGAACAAUGCCCUGAAGAAGCUGACCUCUGGCGCAAAGAGCGAUGAGGUGCGGCUGGUGGAGCAUCGCCGGGCGCACAACAUUUGCAUCGAGCUGUCCGGCAUCCGCAGGCCCUUUGCAGACAUCAAGGCCGCCCUGGUGAGCAUGGAUGCUGGGGCCUUGAGCGUGGAGCAGCUGAGUGCGCUUUCUCGGGCCGUCCCCGACGACAGCGAGCGCCGCGACCUGGAGCUGUAUCUGCAGGGCAGCCACCCAAAACACCGCGGGGUCAGCGACCCAGACCGCCUGGGCACAGUGGAGCGUUACUUCCUGGAGAUCAAGGACAUCCCGCGCCUGGCGCAGCGUAUUCGCUGCCUCAUCUUCAGCAGGACGUAUGCCAGCACCGCCGGCCUGUGCGAGGACCAUUUGGGCAUCAUGCAGAGCGCCUGCUCCCAGCUCCAGACCUGCCCAGGCCUGACCCAGCUGCUGACGGCGGUGCUGGAGCUGGGCAACCACCUGAAUGCGGGGACCCACCGCGGUGCGGCCGCCGGCUUCCGCCUGGACACCCUGCUCAAGCUGGCCGAUGUCAAGGGCGUGGACCGCAAGACCAGCCUGCUGCACUUUGUGGUCCGCCAGUUGGCAGCCCAGGGCGACAUCGUCGUCCAGCUGCCCGCCCAGCUCUCCGCCGUCCGGCCCGCGGCUGCCAUGCAGCUGACCAGCAUCCGUGGCAUGAUCGACGAGCUGAGGGCAGGCCUGCGCGGCGUGACCGAGGAGAUCAUGCACGCUGCGCGCGCUGGGCACGCCAGCUGCGCGGCCGAGUCUGUGCAUGGGGAGGAGGACGCGGCAGGAUGUCGCAGGUUCAGCGAGCUCAUGGCCGCCUUCCACGUGGACGCCGCCACCCGCUUCUGCGCCCUGGAGGCCCAGGAGAAGGCCAUGUACGAGGAUCUGCACCAGGUGGCCGACUACUUUGGCGAGGCCUUCAAGGAGACGGACCCCGCACACGUCGUCCACGUCGUGCGAGACUUCGUCCUGCUCUUCGAAAAGGUCGUGCGCGAGAUGAAGGUGAGCGAGGAGGCGGCUGCCACCGCGGCCAAGCAGCGGGCCGCCAUGACGAGGAAGAAGGGCAAUGCUGAGCGUGCCCUCGGCACGCCACGGGGUGCCAAGGGCAAGACGCAAAGUGCUGCCGUGCCGGAGCAACUGCUGGAGAUUGAAGCGGCGCCUGGUCAGGUGGAGGUGGAGCAGGUGGUCUCUGCCAUGGUCCAGACCGUGGCAGAAAGAGCAGCAGAUGGUGUUGAGUACGGCGUGGCUGGCGAACCGGCGACAAUGACCGAGCUGGGGAAGGUGGAUGAGGCGACCGAGGCGCCGGAGGCGGCUGAGGCCGCCAAGAUGGCGGGCGCUGCCCUGGCCAGCGGAUCGCAGGACUCAGCAGGGGCCGAGAUCGUUGACCCCCCCGCGCUAGAGGACCCCGACGCUCCCUGCCAAGCGGCAGACCAGGAUCUCCCAGUCAUCGUCGCCCUGCUGUCUACCAAUGAGGAGGUCCCAGGCACUGAGCAGCGGGCCCAGCCCUGUGGGGAGGGCUGGGAAUCUUUUGAUGAGGACAUCUUUUCCAACCUGGAGGCCAGGCUCCUGAGUGAUGGGGAGGACAACAGCGUGUAG